ACUCUCCCUCGGCCUCCACCCUCCAGGACCGGGCUCCGGUAAUCGUUCCCGAGUAGUGAGAGAACUACUUUCUGGAGUUAUCUUGGCACGGUGAGAUUAAAACCCUCAGUAACUUUUACAUUCAAGUGUUAGCUGGCAAGAGGCGCAGGCUGCCAUGAGGUGCGAGACGAGUGUUGUGCUGGCCGUCAUGGUGUGUGUGGUAGCAGGAGGGGACGACACCCACGUCAACCUUCCUAACAUCAUCAUUGGAGACCCAAACGACGCGAUAAGUGACGUCCUGGGGGCCCCGCUCUCCGCGGAGGAGUUCAAGACCAGCCUGAGAAGACCUUCCACCAAGAAGUUGAGAACCAAGAAUGACCCCAUCACCAGCUCCGGGUACUUCCAAGGAGACAUUAUGGUCACCUCUGAGGACCACCUCUACCAGAUCAUCCUGGGGGACCCCAAGGACCAGCUGAGCGCCGUCAGGAACCCGCAGAAGAUGUGGCCAGAGGCUCAAAUACCUUACGUAAUCUCCAGUGCCUUCUCCUCGUGGGAACGCUCUGUGAUUGCUGGGGCCGUCGCUGAGUUCCACAAGAAAACUUGUAUUCGCUUCGUGGAAAGGGUUACACAGGCAGACUAUGUUCACAUCCUCAGGGGACAAGGGUGCUCGAGCGCCGUGGGUCGGUCAGGGGGGCCUCAGGUGGUGUCGCUGGGCGCCGGCUGCGUCCAACACGGUGUGGUCGUCCACGAGCUCAUGCACGCCGCUGGCUUCUGGCACGAGCAGUCCAGAUACGACCGAGACCAGUACGUCACCAUCAACUGGUCCAACAUCAUUCAAGGACAAGAGUACAACUUUGAAAAGAAGUCGAAUACAAUCACCACGGACCUGGGUCUGGCCUACGAUUACGCAUCUGUCAUGCACUACGACGCCUUCGCCUUCGCCAGCAGCUACUCUGCCCCAACCAUUCUGCCCAAGCAGAGCGGGGUCAACAUUGGCCAGCGCACGGGCUUGUCUGAGCUGGACGCGAGGGGCCUCAACCUGCUGUACAAGUGCGGCAGCGACGGCUGGGAGUCCACGCCAGCCCCGGAGUCCUGCGUCGACCAGUAUGAGCAGUGUGGGGCGUGGGCCGCCUCGGGCUGGUGCCGCACCAACAACGCCUACAUGGACGUCAACUGCAAGAUGUCCUGCAACACGUGCGAGCCUCAGGUGUGUCGUGACGAGAACGCGUACUGCGGCGUGUGGGCGAGUGUGGGCGAGUGCCAGAGUAACCCGGGCUACAUGCUUGUGUUCUGUGGCCGGGCCUGUGGAACCUGCUAGGUGCUACCACCCACGCAUCUGGUACCUGCUAGGUGCUACCACCCACGCAUCUGGUACCUGCUAGGUGCUACCACCCACGCAUCUGGUACCUGCUAGGUGCUACCACCCACGCAUCUGGUACCUGCUAGGUGCUACCACCCACGCAUCUGGUACCUGCUAGGUGCUACCACCCACGCAUCUGGUACCUGCUGAAGAAUAUAGGUAACACGUAAUUCAUUAAACUGAGCAAAUGACAACUAUAAAAAUCAAUCGUGAGGGAGAAACAAGAACAGUGUAAAGGUUAACAUUAGUUUUAGACGCAUUUAGUUUUCAUCAGGUCUUACCACAACAAACUAAUAUUUACUUAGACUAGCCCCAAGCGUUUGGCCUCCAACCUUUAGACAGACACACAGACAGACAGACAGACAGACAUACAGGCAGACAGACAGACAGACAGACAUACAGACAGACUGACAGACAGACAGACAGACAGACAGACAGACAGACAGACAGACAGACAGACAGACAGACAGACAGACAGACAGACAGACAGACAGACAAAUUUGAGGAACUCAGUGAAUGGUAAAUUAGAACAACAGGUAUUGACCUCGUAUGUAUGUAUGUUACAUGUUAUCGUAACGCUGCAAACUCUUCGAUGUAGCAGAAUAUAUAUAAAAACAUUA